AUGAGCGGCGAGCCAGUCACAGUCUUCGUCUCUGAUGACCUGGCGCCAGCCGACCGCCCCUCGCCCUCCUUCGGCGGUGACAUAGGAGUGGGCGGGAUCAGGGGACCUCCCGCCGACCCUCCCUCCGCUCUGCCCCCGUGCAAGCUGCCUCGGCGCCCCCCGGACCUCUCCUCCCGCCUCGCCGCCGUGCUGCAAAACAUCAACCCGCCACGCCCUGCGCCCUCCCCCUGGCGAAACCCCCCCAGCUUGCCCAAGCCGGGCCUCCCUUCUGCAGCCACACCUGCAGCUCCCGCUGCCACUGCGUCUAUCUCUGUUGCUCAGUCGUUCCCCAUGCCAGGUUCCUCCACAGCAGCAGCAGCAGCAGCAGCAGCAGCGAUUCCACCAGCAGCAGCAGCAGCAGCAGCAGCAGCGAUUCCACCAGCAGCAGCAGCAGCAGCAGCAGCGAUUCCACCAGCAGCAGCAGCAGCAGCAGUAGCAGCACCAGCAGUUGCAUCAUCAGCGGUAGCAGCAGCAGCUGUAGCGGUAGCAGUGGCUUCUGCAGUGUCUUGUAUACAGCCGCCUGCUUAUGGAUAUGACCAGGGAGCGCAAUGGACGACAUCCAGUUCGGACAACAAUGCAAUUAGCAGGAUUCGCCUCAGUACGGCACACAGCAACCCACAGAGCACCGCUGCAGAAAGUGCAGAGCCCAGCGUAGCAAGCAGGGCGUUCCUCCCCGUUCCUCACGUUGCUGCAUUCGGCCCCGAGAGGCCCCUGCGAGUGGAUGCGUCGGGCACGCUGCCACGGCCCAUGUGUGGCGCGAAAGAGGGCAUGCUGAAGCAGCAGCUCAUGGCUCUCGCCGAAGCCAUGGCCGUUGAUGACUCGGUGCACCCAUGUGUAAUCUACAGCAGAAGGGGACUCCUCAUUCACGCACCUUUCCCCUUCCCUUGCAUUCCCCUGUUCCUUCCUUCUCGCCCUCCCGGCCUUCCACCUGCCUCCCCUGUCCCGACACUACCCCACCAGGUGCGGUGGCGGCAGUUCAUGCGGCAGGUGCGGAGGGAGGCGGCAGCGGGGGGGGACACGCUGCAGCGCAUCGCCUUCCAUGCCUUGGAGGCGCUGCAGGCGCGCAUGGAUGGCACCGCGCUCACAAGAUGGCGCACCCCCUUGAACAUCACUCUUCAGGUACUUGCCUUCUCCGCUCCCCACCUUCCCCACUCCCCACCUUCCCCACUCCCGACCUUCCCCACUCCUCAUCUUCCCCUCUCCCUCCCUCUCCCCCCCUCUCCCCCCUCCGGGCAAUUGUUGGGCCAUGGCAACGAGCAUGGAGUGCCGGCAUUCAUUCACCUCGCCAACAUUGCAGCUUCCGUGCGGCGGCGGCGGCUGCACAUCAUAGCCGUUGGAUUCUACGGCGGGCCGCACUGGAUCAACAUCCUCAUGCGCCUCGCCGCCCACUUCUCCACCCUGCCCCUCCUCCCCACCACCGCCAAUGCCGCCCCUGCCGCCGCCGCCUCUGCCGCCGCCACCCCUGCUGCCGUCGGCCCUGUGGCAGGCAGCAAUAGCUCUACCAGCAGCGGCAGCACGAGCGGCAGCAGUGGGAGCACUCACCCCGCACCCCACACUCCUAAUCCUCCCACACCUCCUUCACAAACGACCCACACCUCAUCCCUGACCAAUGCUGCUCCUCCGCCCCGCCCCACGGUCCACGUGAGAAUCACAGCCGUUGAUUUCGGAAUCAUCAGAGUGGAGGAGUAUCCGACAGGGCUGGUGCAUCUGGGCGGGCAGUACCUGGAGCAGGUGGCAUCUAUGCUCGGCCUCUCUCUCACAUUUCACGGCAUAGAAACAACCCCUCACGACUUCCACCCGUCGCAAGUGGAGGUGGAUGAAGGGGAGGAGGUGGUGGUGCUGGCCAAUUGGGGCCUUAUGGUCUUCCCAGACGACACUGUGCUGCGCUCCAACCCCCGCAACUCUAUCCUUAAGUGGAUCCGCGACCUGCGCCCUCUGCUCCUCCUGCAGGUCGACAUUGAUCUGGACGCCAACGGGCCCUUCUUCCUCUCACGCUUCCACGCUGCCUUCGCCAACUUUGCGGCAUUCGUUGAGUCGUUUGAUGCCACCAUGCCGCACUCCGCCACGCCACGCUUCGUAGCAGAAUCCAUCCUCGCGCGGGACUUUAUGAACGGGAUCGCAUGCGAGGGCAUGAACAGAUGGCUGCGAGCAGAGCGGCUCAAGAAAUGGGUGCAUCGGAUGAGAGCGGUGGGGCUGGAGCCGGUGCCUAUAGGGCCGGACACGGUGGCGGCUGGGAAGGCGAUCACAGAGGGGAAGGAUGGGCGGUUCAGCGGCCUGGAGAUGAGUCCGGGAUUGGCCCUUGUGAAGGAGAUCACAGUGGGGAAGGAUGGGAGGCGGUUCAGGUUACAAGUGCAUGAUGAGCGCAGUGCCCUGCUGCUCAGCUGGCGUGGCGUGGCAUGGCCGGACACGGUGGCGGCUUGGAGAGACGGGCAUGGUGAGACGGCCGCUCUGCAGCUCAGCCGUGGCAAGGGCAGCAUAGCCAAGCUCAUGAAUAGAAGACAGGUCUCAUCAAACCAGGGCUUCAUAAUCUGUGCUGUAAGCCUUCCUGAGAUGGAGUUGCAUAAGGCGCAGCUGCUGCUGCCAGAGCAGGAGGAAGCGCAGAUUAAGCUGCUGACACCGCAGGAGCAGACGCAGCAGCAGUCGCAGCAGCAGACGCAGCAGCAAGGGCAAGAUCACGAUCUGGGCGAGCAGCAGCAGGGAUCCCUUCGGUCGAGUAUACCCCCCAGCACGCGUCCUCUCCGCUCCGCCAUCCAUGCCCGACCCUUUUCCCCCCAGCGCUCCUCUCCCACCCAGCGCCUCUCGCACUAUCUCGGCGGUGACAUAGGCGUGGGCGGGAUCAGAGGGCCUCCCGCCGAUCCUCCCUCCGCUCCGCCACCGUCCAAGCUGCCUCGGCGACCCCCCGACCUCUCCUCCCGCCUUGCCGCCGUGCUGCAAAACAUCAACCCACCGGGGCCUGCGACCUCCCCCUGGCAAACCCUCCCCUGCUUGCCCAAGCCGUGCCUUCCUUGUGCUGCCACGCCCGCAGCUCCCGCCGCGCCUGCAGCUCCCUCUGCCAGUGCGUCUACCGCUGGAGCUUGGUCGUUCCCCGUGCUGGGUUCAUCCGCAGCAGCAGCAUCGAUCUCACCAGCACCACCUACAGCAGCAGCAGCAGUAGCAGCAGCGCCAGGGACAGCUACAGCAGGAGCAACAACAGCAGCAGUAGCAGCAGCAGCAGUAGAGUUAGCAGUAGCGUCUGCAGUCUCUUGCAUACAGGCAUCUGAGAGCAGGCUCGUGGUUGGAAGCAGUCGGGGAGACGCGAAUGGUUUUAUGCGCUCAACACUGCUCUCCUCUGCUGCUAACAGUAGCGAUGCUGUUACUUGUGGAUAUGACCAGCAAGUGCAGUGGCCAGCAUCUUCUCUGGACAGCAGUGCACUAGGCAGGAUUCGCGUCAAUAAGGCGCACAGCAACCCACUGAACACUGCCCCAGCCAGUGCAGGGCACAGUGCAGCAAGCAGGGCGUCUGUCGCCACCCCCCACGUUGUUGCAUUCGGCCCCGAGAGGCCCCUGCGAGUGGAUGUGUCGGGCAUGCUGCCACGGCCCAUGUGUGGCGCGAGGGAGGGCAUGCUGAAGCAGCAGCUCAUGGCUCUCGCUGAAGCCAUGGCUGUUGAUGACUCGGUGUGUGGGGCUCGUGUCAAGUGGGGAGUGGAAUGUGCAGUGGUGGCAGUGCAUGCACAGGUGCUCAUUCCCGAAAGCUCUUUUGAUGGUUCAACAAAAGCGGAUUCAUGCCCUCAACCAAACCCCUCCCCCCACCAGGUGCGGUGGCGGCAGUUCAUGCGGCAGGUGCAGAGGGAGGCGGCAGCAGGGGGGGACACGCUGCAGCGCAUCGCCUUUCACGCGCUGGAGGCGCUGCGGGCACGCAUAGAUGGCACCGCGCUCACAAGAUGGCGCACCCCCUUGAACAUCACCCUUCAGGUACUUACCUUCCCCCCUCCCCGCCUUCCCCCUUCCCACCUUUCCCCCUCCCCAUCUUCCCCCCUCCCCACCUUCUCCCCCCUUACCCCCCCUCUCCCCCUUCGAUGCAUGUCAUGCCACGUGUCCCAUGCACGCCACGUGUCCCAUGCACGCCACGUGUUCCAUGCAUACAUUGAUUCGUUGGCAGCGAUGGGCCAUGGCAACGAGCAUGGGAUGCCGACAUUCAUGCACCUCGCCAACACUGCAGCCGUGCACGAAGUCGUUCACGCAUUCACCCGCCAGCCACAUGCUCACGCACGCACGCACCCACAUGCACACGGCCAUGCUCCCCAUUCCGCUGCCACCCUCCCACACAAACUGCACCCGCCUGCUCCUUCCGCCCAGCAUGUCUCUUUCCCUGCCUCUGCAAGCCACUCCGUGCGGCGGCGGCGGCUGCACAUCAUAGCCAUUGGGUUCUACGGCGGGCCGCAUUGGAUCAACAUUCUCAUGCGCCUCGCAGCUCACUUCUCCACCCCUCCUCUCAACCCCGCCUCUGCUGCCGCCGACAAUGACCUUCCGCCAAGUGGGAUCCCCACAAACCCCACCACACCUCUUUCACACGCUACUCCCCCGCCCCGCCCUACGGUCCACGUGAGAAUCACAGCCAUUGACUUAGGUGUUGUCAAAGUGGAGGAGUAUCCAACGGGCCUGGUGCAUUUGGGGGGGCAGUACCUGGAGCAGGUGGCAUCUAUGAUGGGCCUCUCUCUCACCUUCCACGGCAUAGAAACCACGCCACACGACUUCCAUCCGUCGCAAAUGGAGGUGGAUGAAGGAGAGGAGGUGGUGGUGUCGGCCAAUUGGGGCCUCAUGGUCUUUCCAGACGACACAGUGCUUCGCUCCAACCCCCGCAACUCCAUCCUCAGGUGGAUUCGCGACCUGCGCCCGCUGCUGCUACUCCAGGUCGACAUUGAUUUGGACGCCAACGGCCCCUUCUUCCUCUCGCGCUUCCACGCUGCCUUCGCCAACUUUGCAGCGUUCGUCGAGUCCUUUGAUGCUUCCAUGCCGCACGCUGCCACGCCACGCUUCGCGGUAGAAAGCAUCCUUGCACACGACUUUAUAAAUGGAGUCGCAUGCGAGGGCAUGAACCGAUGGCUGCGGGCGGAGCGGCUCGAGAAAUGGGUGCAUCGGAUGAGAGCUGUGGGGCUGGAACCCGUACCUUUCGGGCCGGACACGGAGGCGGCUGGGAGGGAGAUCACAGAGGGGAAGGACAGGCGGUUCCGGCUGGAAGUGCAUGCUGAGACGGGCGCCCUGCAGCUCAGCUGGCGUGGCGUGCCCAUGCUGUUUGUGGCCGCCUGGCGAUGA